GACGCGGUUGAGAGGGAGGAGGGGCUGGGGAGGUUGGCCUGCUCACCAGGAGUGCGACGGAAGGAGCGGGGAGGCCGGAGGAGCAGCGGCGGCGGCGCCAUGGUCAAUAUAUAUGCAUACGAUCGGAACAAACUACCAGAGCAGGACUACGGGGCACCGACUAUCACGCUUCAUGCGAUCCAGAGAGAUCCAGAGAGCUUGCAUCAAUCAAUCAAUGGCGUCGCCGUUGUCUGAGAUUCCCGAGGACGUGCUACACCUCAUCAUCGACGGCCUCGUUUCCUCCACUGAUCGGCGUGGCCUCGUCUCCACGGCGUGGUUUGGACUACGCCGGCUCCUCCACUUCUCCGAUGGCUUCGAAGCGGCGCGUCGUGCCCGGCACUCGGCCUCUGCCGAUCGCGCUCGCUUCCGCGCCGUGUGUCGUUCGUGGCACUUGGCUAUGAGCCGGCACGUUCCGGCUCCAAGUCAGAUCCCCUGGAUUGUCAUGUCCGAUGGCUUGUUCCUCACACCUUCGGACGCCGCCGGCACCUCGCCCGCGCGCAUCCCCUCCUUGCCCAGGAACGCGAGAUGCGUAGCCUCGGCUGAUAGUUGGCUCCUCCUCGACCGCACGGAUGUCAGGAAGAAGAUGCAUAGCUACUUCUUGCAUGAUCCCUUCACCAACACGAUUGUGCCGCUCCCAGAGCUUGACGCUGUGAUCGGCCAUGCUUCUGAGCUUUUCGGGGUCCACAAACUGCGUAUGCGGACGACCCCUUAAGACAUCAUAGUCGUCAUGACCAAUAAUUGGAAUUAUCCUAUCAUCUUGAUCCGGCCAGGGAAAGGUGUGUGGUUGCCUAAGCCACAAAGUGCUCCCUUCAUCUACAUCGUCGACACUGCAUUUCUUGGAGACAAGCUAUAUGGAAUCACUCACGCCGAGGAUCUUGUCUCUUUUGGUAUAGAUUUCGACAACAAAGGCGUACCCACCAUCACAACUAUCGAGCGCCUCAUCAGGCACCCACCGGGAAAUUAUUGAUUCAAAGUGUGGAGUGAUGAUAAUGGAAAUUUUGACUCCGCAAACAAUGAUACGGGAAAUAUAGAUGAGGUCGCCAAUAAUGAGGAACAGAGCAAAGAGGACACCAUAGAGCAACGCCGGAAGAAAACCGGCGAUGACAUGAUUCUUGAAGGCGUUACUCCUUGGUCGGAUGAUGAGGAUGAAGUUAGGGACCACUGGUACUUAGUCGAGUCAUGUGGAAAACUAUUAAUGGUGAUACGACAAGUUCGAGUGCCCUCCUAUAAUAUCAGCUUCACUCUCAAGGUAGAGGUUUAUGAGGCGGAUGCCUGCAAAGGUGUCCACUGCUGGGUGCCGAUUGUUGGUGGGCUAGGCAGCCAAACGCUUUUCAUCAGCAGAUUCUUUUGCAAGUCUGUUUCAACUUGUGAUGAGGCGGACCAAGAUGCUAUUCAUUUUAUCGACACGGGGGAGAAAUACAACAUGAAGUCACAAACUAUGAGCAAGACAUGGAGGGACAUUGAAUACUUUGAGUCCAUGUGGAUCUUUUCUCCCGAGCUAGUGGUUUAAUACUAGUAUCUGUUUUUUGAACCAAAGUUCAAUAGUAUUUGUAACGACUUAGAAAAAUUUCAUACUAUGUAACAAUAUGCCAUUUGUUAGAUAUAAGUACCCACGGAGUGUUUUUUCAUCGCACAAUAUUCCUCCUUUGUUUUAAAAGACACUAUACAAUGUUUUUUUGGCAGGGUAUACUAUGCAAUGUCGUAAGAAAAGCAACGUUAUGCAAAGUUGAACUUUAAAAACAUAUGAAGUUACGCAUUGUAUACUGAACCAUGAUCCUAGGCUGAAUAAUUUACUAUCUUUUGUUCGCACGAGCUCACAUUUUGGUAGUUGCAAAACAUAAACCGUGAUGCUUUCUUGCCGCUGUUGUAGUCUCUAAUUAAUGGCAUUGUGAGAGACUGUAGUUAAUUUAAGUUUCUUCUGUUUAAAUAAAACAGGCGUUGGUAACUGCAUAAGUUUAACCAUGAUGCUUUAUUUUUUUAGGGAAAAACCAUAAUGCUUUCUUGCUGCUGCUGUAGUCUCUAUGGGAUUCUAAGAUAAUUUAGUUAAGCUAAUCUCAUCGGUUUGCACUCAAAAAUCACAGGAGCCAUACAGAAAAAAGUAGGGUACUAUUAGAAAUUGGCCGUGUGAUGUUCAUAUUCAGAGAAUAGCACAUCUGUUGAUUAAACUGAAAAUGUAUAUGGUGCAUUUCGUUUCUGCUCAUCCUGAUCUAACCAAACUGACCCCAUAGAUUUGAGAUUGUCGUGCCUAUCAAGUUUGGACAUGUUCUUAUUUGUACUAAAUCACUAAACUAAACUGUAUAAAUAAAAUAGCCCCCCCUCCU